ACGGUUCCUCUUAUAAUUGCAUACAACCAAGGUUAAUGCUUUUGGUAGGAUGCUCUCAGCAUAGUCGUAAUCGUUUUGCGUCGUCUGUGAUCUUCUGUUCCACAAUCCAUAUUUUACAUUUACGGUGCCGCUGGUGUGUCAUUUGGAUAGAUUCGUGCCAGGCUCUCAGCGGGUACAAAGAUUGCUAUGCUUAGCGCGCGUCAGGUUUAAAUAAUUUCAAAUGAUGGGUAUUAGAAUAGAUGAAUACAAUCAAAAGAGCAGCACACUGUGCUUCAAGCAAUGACAAGAAACGGUUGUGCAAAGAUGUGCUCGCUGUGGAAAAGAUAAACUUCAUGCAAAGUAGUGAAGAGUUCACGACAAAAGACAAUGAAGUUAAUGAAACUUCUACCCUCGAUGCAAGGAGAAGCAGACGCUCGAAGCGAAGGAGUUUAAAUGGCAGCUGUAGCAAGAGUGAAAUGGUAGGAGUUCGAAAAAAGUCCGAAACUUCAAUGGAGGACGAUCAACCGGUGCGAAAACGCGAGAAACCCUUAACAGAAUUAAAAGUUGCAGAAGAGGAAAACCGCUACUGCAGCACUCCAAACAGGACGGGGAAUGACUCGCAGGAUUGCAAAGCCCAACGUUCGGCAAGGUUUCACAAGCAUGAACAAACUAAUGUAACAUGUGUUAGCUCACCAUUUGGAAUCAAAAGUAUUAUCAACAAUUCCAGUUUUUACGACGAUGACGGUGUUUUAGCUGCUUUGAAUUUAAGUGAAAUUAUCACUUCUUCAGCUGCCUUGAACCCUGCACGAGGUAACUGUGCAAGUUUAUUAGAAGGGGAAAAAAAGCAGUUUUACGGCUUGCCUCACAAAGUCAAAGAGUUGUUACAGAAGUACAAAGGAAUUGAUAGUUUGUAUGACUGGCAAAAAGACUGCCUCAAUCUGGAAGCUAUUAAGGAGAGAAGAAACUUGAUUUAUUCCCUUCCAACAGGUGGAGGCAAAACUUUAGUUGCGGAAAUUCUUAUUUUCAGAGAGUUGCUUUCGCAAGAGAAAGAUGUCUUGUUUGUUCUCCCAUUUGUGUCCAUUGUACAGGAAAAGGUAAAAUCUCUGACUCAAUUUGCUGUUGAUCUUGGCUUCUUAGUAGAGGAGUAUGCCGCCAGCCGAGGAAGGAUCCCUCCCCGCAAACGACGCAAGAAAAAAUCUGUGUAUAUUGCAACGAUAGAGAAGGCGAAUGCUCUUGUAAAUGGCCUGAUUGAAGAAAGCAGAAUUUCAACCUUGGGUCUAGUUGUAGUUGAUGAGCUGCAUAUGUUAGGGGAGGCUGGAAGAGGUGCUACUUUAGAGAUGUGUUUGGCAAAGCUCAUGUUUGUUUCUUCCACCACCCAAAUCAUUGGAAUGAGUGCUACUUUAGGAAACAUCAAGGAUUUGACAAAAUUUUUAAAAGCAGAGGAGUACGCAAAUGAUUUUAGACCAGUUGAGCUAAAGGAGUUUGUAAAAGUGGGGCAUGACAUUUAUAAAGUUCCUAAGGCUACAGAUCCAGAGGAAGAAUGCAGCAAACCAGUCAGGAGAGUCUCUUACGAGCAGGACCUAAGGAUACUGAAGCAAGAUCCAGACCAGUUGUUAUCCCUGGUUUUGGAGGUCAUACCAGAUCACUCCUGUCUUGUGUUUUGUUCUACAAAGAAAAACUGUCAAAACUUAGCAUUGCUUCUUGUCAAGUUUAUGCCCAGGAAAUUGUGCCAAGUCAAAGGUCAAGAGAGACUUCAGCUAAUGAAAGCUUUGUACAAUGAAGCUUCAGACCUCUGUCCGGUGCUGAAAAAGACCAUUCCUUUUGGAAUUGCUUAUCACCAUAGUGGGCUGACGAUGGAUGAACGGAAACUCAUAGAGGAUGGCUACAGUCAGGGGGUGCUGUGUCUUCUGACCUGCACUUCAACUUUAGCGGCUGGUGUUAAUUUACCAGCAAAGAGGGUGAUUAUCCGCGCGCCGUAUGUGGGAAGCUCAGUGCUCAGUCAGAGUCAAUACAAGCAGAUGAUUGGUCGGGCGGGUCGAGCUGGGAUAGAAACGUCAGGAGAAAGUAUUCUUAUUGUCAAAGAUUCCGAUAAGCCGAAGAUUCGUCACCUAUUUUCAGGCCCGUUAGAGAGCUGUCACAGUGGUUUAUUGUUUGACAAUGGCAAAGGAUUAAGAGCAAUGCUCCUCACACUUAUUGGACUGAAACUUUGUACAACAACAGAAAAACUGACACAGUUUAUGCACAACACUUUUCUGUCCGUGCAGUCAGAAUCGCAGUCAGUCAACAUUAGUAAACAAAUGGAGACUGCGCUGGACUCCUUACACGACUUGGGGCAUGUCAAGAUUACUGGUUCCCCAGACAGCAGUGUGAUCGAAGUCACUCAGCUCGGACAUGCUACUUUCAAAGGAUGUAUUGAUGUAGACAGCAGUCCCAUGAUAUAUAGCGAGCUUACUAGAGCCCAGGACAACCUAGUGCUAGCCAAUGAGCUACAUCUAUUGUAUCUGGUUACGCCACAUGACUUGAGAGAUUCAAUUGAACCUGAGUGGAUGGUAUAUUACAAGCAGGUGUCUUCAUUUCGUGAAGAGUCCGAGGAAAGAGUCGCUGAACUUUUGGGAGGUACAGAAAGUUUUUUAUUCAGACGAGCCACAGGACAGCGAUCGAAAAUGGACGACACUGCAGAAGCCAGAGUAAGGCGUUUCUAUUUGACCCUGAUGCUUUACAAAUUGUUACAAGAGCAUACUGUAUGGAACGUGGCCCGUCUUUUUAACGUGACUCGAGGAUUUGUACAGAAUCUGUUGACUUCAUCGUCUUCGUUCGCGUCAUGCAUGGUCCACUUCACUCGAGAGCUUAGUGAAUUUUGGGGCUUGACUAUGUUACUCGAAGCCAUGGUAAAAAAGUUGUCGUACACAGCAAGCUUGGAGCUUGUGCCCCUUAUGGAGGUUCCUGGAGUGAAACAGGCUCGUGCACGCCAAUUCGUAAAGGCCGGAUACAAAACCCUGAGCAGCUUGGCCUGGGCUGAUCCCGCGUCACUCGUGGAGCAGAUCGAGCACCUCCCGAGACGGCAGGCCAAUCAGAUUGUCUCCGCAGCUAAGAUGCUUGUAGAAGAAAAAGCUGAUGCUUUGCGAGAAGAAGCGGAGGAGAUGACAACUGUGCCAGACUUACUUCCCACUGAAGGGACACAAAAUUAAUUAUUUAACUGGUGUUCGUUAUUGUUCUGCCUCAAGAAACAAAAUCUCAAUACGUACAUGCAUGCGUGCACAGCAUUUUAAUAAUACAAAGUUACCUGACAAUUAACUGUCCACGGAAAGGAAAUUACUGAAGAAUAAUUAAUGCGAUUUCAGUCACGGAUGCGUAAAUCGUAUUAGUAGUAAAUAUUUUUUGUAUCUUCAUUUCGUAUUGUUAGCAAUGGAGGGAUUGUAUUUAUGAAGGAAACAGCGAUCGUAUUCAGAUGUAUAUGGUUUAAUAUGAAUUUCUAUUCAAAAAAGGUAUAUUAUUUGUAAACAAUACCACUGUACAAACUUGUAUAAACAUUAUUUCCGAGAGACAGAAUGUAUAGAAUUUGAAAUGUUAAUGUAGCCACAGCGAUGUUAAGAGGUGGUGGAAGAGAUUUAGAAGUGGUGUUGAAAACAGGAACGUCGAAAUUGUUUCAUCGAAGUUAAAUGACGAAUUAAAACACUUCUUAAUUGCUCAUAAAUGCUUAGAAUCCCAAGGUUUUUUUUUUUUUUUUUUUCAUUUGUCGGCUUAACAGUCAAUUAGGUAAAGCUGUUAAUUGAUUUUAAUUAAAAGUUGAAAAUGCGGCCAAUUACAUAAGUACAUAACACCGAAAACUUG